AUGGCCCGGGGGCGCAGCCCGGCGACCGCGGCCGCGGUGACGCUGCUGGAUUUCUUCCAGCGGAGGGCCGCCCCCGCGGAGCCGCCCGGGGACCCAGGACGGGGCGGCGGGGGGGCCGCUCGGGGCCUCCCGUCCGCCGUGCGCGCCGCGGGGGCGCCCGAGGCCUCGCCGCGGACCGCUUGCCUGGCUGGGCUGCCCGCCGACGUCGCGGCGCUCUCCUGGGCGCUGUGCGGGCCCGCGAGCUGCUGCGCCGUGCGGCAGUGCAGCCGUGCCGUCAAGAAGGCGUGCCCGGCAGACCUGGGGGCCCUGCGGCCCGUCCUCGGCCGCUGGGCGCUGUCGGUGGUCGACAUGACGGCGCUGCGGCCCGUCGGCGAGCGUGACGCGGCAUCCGGGGUCGGCCCCGGGACGGUCUCCAGGCUGGGCCGCUGGGGCGACUUUGCGGUGGUCACCGACGGCGCGGGCAAUGGCUUCGUCAGAGGGCCCGCGCUGCUGCGCUGCACCCACCGCUGGCGGCUGCGCGCGCGGGAGGCCCAGCUGGCCGCCGCGGGCGGCGCGGAGCUCGCAGCGGCGCCGCUGCUCGAGCAGCUGCGGCGCUCGGCAGCGGCCGCGGGGGCGGCGGCCGGGCCCGGGCCACCGUCCGUGCACGCCUUCGGCUCCAUCUGGGACGGCGCGGCGUGCGGGCGACCUCGGAAGCGGCGCAGGGUCGCGGGCGGGGCUGCCGCCGUAGCGGGCGGCGCCGAGCGCGGGGCGGGCCGCGGGCCCGUCGACGACGCAGGCAGCCUGUUCUCGUCGCGGCGCUGGGAUGCGCUGAUGCACCCGCGGGUGCCGUGGCGGCUCCGGGCCGCAGCGCUGGUGUACCAUCACCACUGCGCCCAGGGCUGCCCGCACGAGGCCACGCGGGCGGCGGCCCGGGGCUUCGUGGUGCGGCACACGCGCGGCGACGAGCGCCUGCGCGCCGCGCUGCUCGACGACGUGGCGGCCGCGCCAAGUGGCGUCGGCAUAUGCAGCUGGGACGGGAGCUUCCCCAGAGUUCUGCACAGGAGAGCACGUCUGAGGCACUGCGGUGCCACCCACCAACGCACCUCGCAGGUCCGGGCGCUGCACGAGACUAGGCACUUCACCUCCGCUCUUGAGAAGGAGUUCUUGGCCGAGAAGGAGGCGGUGCUGGAGAAGGUGGCCAAGCGCUCGACGCGCCAGCUGCAGGAGGAGGGCAUCGGCGUGUCGGGCCUCUCUGGGGAGUUCGACAGCACCUCUGGGCGCAUCACGCUGUGGCCUGACGGCUGGAAGCUGCCCUACCUCUCGGAGAUCAAGUGGGGCCGGCACGUGUUGCUGAGCACGUGCAAGGGGGGCGUGGACCUCGAUGACCCCACGAAGACUAUCACCGCGGAGGUGGAGAGCAUCUAUGGCAGCACGAUGACCCUCCUGACCGAGUACGAGCGCGUCCCAGCCUCGAAGGACGGCAAGGACCAGUACCGGAUCGACCUGGGCCCCAAUUUGGUCGCAACCAAGCGCAUCGACAAGAUGCUCGACGAACUGCAGCGAUGCCUCGGAGUGAACCAAGCCAAGGACCCCCGGGACGCUAUCCAGAAGCUCAACUACAAUGCGAACUUGUGCGGGCUCCUGCUGCCGGGCGCCCCGCUCGCGGACGCGCUCUACGCGGACAUCCAGGAGG